AUGUCUAAGAGCGAGAAAAUCAUAAUGGAAAAGGUUAUCCAGCGAAAGGGUUGUUAUGUUACGUGCGAGUUGGUGGAGAAAUUUAUUAAGGAGUAUAGAGAGGAGCGAGAUCGAGUACAGAUAUCAGUGCGUAUUGAUGUUUUAGACCGAGCCUACCAAGAAUUUCUGGAGGCUCAGGUAGAAAUCGAGAAAAAUGAGAGACCGGAGACGUUAGAUGCCCGAUUCAUGGAGCGAACGGACUUCGAAGAGCGCUACUGUUUAGCUAAGGGUUUCUUGCUUUCAAAGUGUCCCCUUGAAGCACACGAAUCGAUACUCAAUAGUUCAGUAAAUCCUUCCUCUAUUCCAACUGCUGCAGGUUUUCACUUGCGACUCCCGAAGAUAGACUUGCCCAAGUUUGACGGUGAUUUCUCCCGUUGGAUGGCUUUUCGCGACUCGUUCCAAUCAAUGAUCCACGUCAAUGCAGAAAUUCCUGCAGUCGCCAAGCUUCAAUACUUGUUACAAUCGCUAGAAGGUGAAGCAAAAAAGCCGUUUGAGAGCACUGAUAUUGUAGCCGAUAACUAUGCCGUAUCUUGGGAGACUCUUUUGAGACGAUACGACAAUCGCAGAUUAUUAAGACGUCAACUUUUUCGAGCACUGUACGAUCUGCCAUCUGUACUCUCGGAGUCACCACAAGAACUACAUACACUAGCUGAUGAUUUUCAACGACACGUUAAGGCACUUGCGAAGCUGGGUGAACCGGUUAAUCACUGGGACACUCCACUUACCAGUAUGUUGUCUUACAAACUUGAUUCCACAACCCUUCAGAGCUUUGAAGAAAAAACCUGCGGGAAAGAUUCUGUUACGUAUGAGGAUUUGGUGGAAUUUCUAUACCAACGAGUUCGAAUUUUGAAAUCUGUUGCUUCCGAUAUACAGUACCGCUCUGUGCCUGUGGCUGGCAAACCGCAUGCUUCACGAGUGGCCUCGAAUGCAGCUGCAUCCAUCCAGCCCACUGUUUUAAGUUUUUCUGAUCCACAGAACAUUGAUACUGGGUGCCUCGUAUGUUCGGAACGACAUUCCAUCUACCAAUGCCCAACGUUCUAUCAAAUGGCCACUGGUCAGCGCUGCGAAGUGGCGUCCACACGAAGGCUUUGCUGGAACUGUUUGUCUCCGGGUCACUUAAGUAGAAAAUGCAACUCAAAGUUUUCUUGUCGCCAUUGUAACGAAAGACACCAUUCACUGCUUCAUGCUUCCGAGAACGAUAUUGUCGUUUCACCUGAGAAGAAAUCUGAGUUACAGCAACAACCUUCGACAUCUUCUGGACUCCCAUUGCCCUCUACAAAUACAAGCAUGGCCGCUCAACAUAUAGACAACUGUAUUUUCCUUGAAACUGUCAGUCUAUACAUAGUCGACCGGUGUGGACAAGCACAUAUCGCACGAGCUUUACUUGAUUCGGGGUCAACAUCAAAUUUUAUGUCCAAUCGACUUGCAGACAAACUAGGACAAACGUCACAGGUAGACAUCACUGUUGCAGGAGUUGGACAAGUUAUUAACAUUAACCGGCAACUUACCGCUACUAUAAAGGCCAUUUCUUUACCAUUUACUGCGACACUCAAUUUUCUGCUUGUAUCACAACCCAGCUUAAGAUUACCUAAUGUUUCCGUCGAUGUAUCAGGAUGGAAGAUUCCAGAAAUAACUAUGGCAGAUCCUCAAUUUCAUAGUGCUGGUGGGAUCGACCUCAUCAUUGGUGGUGAAUUGUACCAGAGUUUGCACACCGGCAGGAGACUUUCCCUAGGAGAUGGUUUUCCAAUGCUCGUCGAGACUGUGUUCGGUUGGACUGUAUCAGGUGGAAUGGAUCACGCUGUCAAUGAAAGAAACCCAGUUUGUCUAAUAUCCGCAAUGAACAAUUUGCAACAAGACACUUCUCAAAAACUCAUGAACACUAAAGCCAAUCCUGCUCGUACCGUCGUGUUACCGUUCGUUUCGUCUUGCUCCGCCACCACCGCGUACGUUUCGCCGGUAUCUUGCCGCUCGCGCGCCACCGUUUCAAGCCUUGGAUCAGUUAAUAAACAACCCGCAAUUCGUCAUAGUAAUACAUCCGAUCAGUACUUCUGA